AUGGUGUCAAAAAGAAAUAAACCUUCAAGGUACCUUUCUCUCAGCACCUAUGAGGUCCUGUUUGCAGCUCUCUUUGUCUUAUUGGUGAUCGUCUGUGCUGGAUUAUUUGCUGUGUCUUGGCUGGCAAUCAAGGAAUCAGAAAGAGAUGCAGUGUUUGGAGAAAGUCACAAAACCAGAGGGACAUUGAAAAUAACAUCUGGAGCAACAUACAAUCCUAAUUUACAAGACAAACUCUCAGCGGAUUUUAAAGUUCUUGCUUUUGACCUUCAGCAAAUGAUGGAUGAGAUCUUUCAAUCAAGUAAUCUGAAAAAUGAAUAUAAAAACUCAAGAAUUUUACAAUUUGAAAAUGGCAGCGUUAUAGUUAUAUUUGACCUUUUCUUUGCCCAGUGGGUGUCAGAUGAAAAUGUAAAAGAAGAACUGAUUCAAGGCAUUGAAGCAAAUAAAUCCAGCCAACUGGUCACUUUCCAUAUUGAUUUGAACAGCAUAGAUAUCACAGGCAAGCUAACAACUCACAGUCCUCUGUCAACUCCAGGAAAUGUCUCCAUAGUAUGUCCACCUGGUUCUAGUCCUUGUGCUGAUGCUCUAAAGUGUGUAGCAAUUGAUUUAUUUUGUGAUGGAGAAUUAAACUGUCCAGAUGGUUCUGAUGAAGACAAUAACACUUGUGCCACAGCUUGUGAUGGAAGGUUUUUGUUGACUGGAUCUUCUGGGGCCUUCCAGGCUGCUCAUUACCCGAAGCCUUCUAAAUCGACUGUUGUUUGCCGGUGGAUUAUACGUGUAAAUCAAGGACUCUCCAUUAAACUGAGCUUCGAUUAUUUUAAUACAUAUUAUACAGAUGUAUUAAAUAUUUAUGAAGGUGUGGGCACAAGCAAGAUUUUAAGAGUUUCUCUCUGGGAAACCAAUCCUGGCACAAUUAGGAUCUUUUCCAACCAAGUUACUGCCACUUUUCUUAUAGAAUCUGAUGAAAAUGAUUAUAUUGGAUUUAAUGCAACAUACACCGCAUUUAACAGCACAGAACUUAAUAAUUAUGAGAAAAUUAACUGUAAUUUUGAAGAUGGCUUUUGUUUCUGGGUCCAGGAUCUAAAUGAUGAUAAUGAGUGGGAAAGGAUUCAGGGAAACACCUUUCCUCCUUUUACUGGACCAAAUUUUGACCAUACUUUUGGCAAUGAAUCAGGAUUUUACAUUUCCACCCCCACUGGACCAGGAGGGAGACGAGAAAGAGUAGGACUCUUAAGUCUCCCAUUAGAUCCCACUUUAGAACCAGUCUGCCUCAGUUUCUGGUAUUAUAUGUAUGGUGAAAAUGUCUAUAAAUUAAGCAUUAAUAUCAGCAGUGGCCAAAACAUGGAGAAGACAGUUUUCCAAAAGGAAGGAAAUUAUGGAGAAAAUUGGAAUUAUGGACAAGUAACAUUAAAUGAGACAGUGGAAUUUAAGGUUGCUUUUAAUGCUUUUAAAAACCAGAUCCUGAGUGAUAUAGCAUUGGAUGACAUAAGACUAACAUAUGGGAUUUGCAAUGUGAGUCUUUAUCCAGAACCAACUUUGGUCCCAACUCCUCCACCAGAACUUCCUACGGACUGUGGAGGACCUUUUGAACUGUGGGAGCCAAAUACAACAUUCACUUCCAUGAACUUUCCAAACAACUACCCUAACCAGGCUUUCUGUGUUUGGAAUUUAAAUGCACAGAAGGGAAAAAAUAUACAACUUCAUUUUCAAGAAUUCGACUUAGAAAAUAUUGCAGAUGUAGUGGAAAUCAGAGAUGGUAGAGAAGAUGAUUCUUUGCUCUUAGCUGUGUAUACAGGGCCUGGCCCAGUCAUGGACGUGUUCUCAACCACCAACAGAAUGACUGUGCUUUUCAUCACUGACAAGCUGUUGGCAAAAGGGGGAUUUAAAGCAAAUUUCACUACUGGCUACUACUUAGGGAUUCCAGAGCCCUGCAAGGAAGACUAUUUUCGGUGUAAGAAUGGAGAGUGUGUUCCACUGGUGAAUCUCUGUGAUGGUCUUCUACACUGUAAGGAUGGUUCAGAUGAAGCCCAUUGCGUGCGUCUUUUCAACGGCACACUGAACAACAAUGGUUUGGUGCAGUUCAGAAUCCUGAGUACGUGGCAUGUAGCUUGUGCUGACAACUGGACCACCCAGAUUUCAAAUGAUGUCUGUCAGCUGCUGGGACUAGGGAGUGGAAACUCAUCAAUGACAGUCUUCUCUACUGGAAGUGGACCAUUUGUAAAAUUAAGCACAGCACCUAAUGGCAGCUUACUACUAACACCAAGUGAACAGUGUUUCCAGGAUUCAUUGAUCCUGUUACAGUGUAACGGUAAAUCAUGUGGAAACAAACCGGCGGCCCAAGAAGUCAACCCGAAGAUUGUUGGAGGACAUAACGCCAAAGAAGGAGCCUGGCCCUGGGUGGUUGCCCUUUACUAUAAUGGCCAACUGCUCUGUGGUGCUUCUCUCCUCAGCAACGACUGGCUAGUGUCUGCGGCCCACUGUGUGUAUGGGAGAAAUUUAGAGCCAUCCAAGUGGGAAGCAGUCCUAGGCCUGCAUAUGACAUCAAAUCUGACUUCUCCUCAAAUAGUAACUCGAUUUAUAGAUCAAAUCAUCAUAAACCCUCAUUACAAUAAACGGACAAAGGACAGUGACCUCGCCAUGAUGCACCUUGAAUUUAAAGUGAAUUACACAGAUUAUAUACAACCUAUUUGUUUACCAGAAGAAAAUCAGGUUUUUCCUCCAGGAAGAAUUUGUUCCAUUGCUGGCUGGGGGAGGAUUAUACAUCAAGGCCCUACUGCAAACAUAUUGCAAGAAGCCAAUGUCCCUCUUCUAUCAAAUGAGAAAUGCCAACAACAGAUGCCAGAAUAUAACAUUACAGAAAAUAUGGUCUGUGCAGGUUAUGAAGAAGGAGGAAUAGAUUCUUGUCAGGGGGAUUCAGGAGGACCAUUAAUGUGCCAAGAAAACAACAGGUGGUUCCUGGCUGGUGUGACAUCAUUUGGAUACCAGUGUGGACUGCCUAAUCGUCCAGGGGUAUAUGCCCGGGUCCUGAGGUUCACAGAAUGGAUACAAAGUUUUCUACAGUGAAGUGUUUCCUAAACCAACAUGAAAGUCAUGCUAUUUUCCCAUUUCACUCUAAGGAGCAUGGAAGUUGAGGCUUUUAUCAA